AUGACCUGCUGUACGACGACGCCGAAGAUAGACGUCGAUCUGCUGGAGCUCGACCCCGAUGUGCAUGCUGACCCUGAACACCGCUGGGACAUCGCCACGAUGACGGUGAAGGAGGCGCGGGACAAGACGUACUCGCCGGUGAGCAGCUACGUCACGCUGAGGAUCUUCCUCAGCAUCGUCGCCGUCCUCGACCUCAACCUGAUGCAGCUCGACAUGAAGAACGCUUUCCUGCAGAGAAAGCUCGACCGGGUGCUGUACAUGUACCAGCCGGACUACUUCGACGAUGGGACCGGCCGGGUGUGUAAGCUGCUGAAGAGCCUCUACGGGCUGAAGCAGUCGCCGCUGCUGUGGUACAGGGCUCUCGAAAGUGUGCUGCUGGGCGCGGGCGGGAAGAAGAGCCAGGUCGACAUGGCGCUCUACUUCAAGGCCGGCAACGACGGAGUGACCUGCUGGGUACUGGUCUACGUUGACGACCUGCUCGCCGCCAGAAGCAGCACCGUGAUGUUGAAGGAGCUGAAGGAGCUGCUGGAGGCCGCCUUCGAGCUGCGCGAGAUCUCGCCUGUCGUGAAGUACCUCAGGCUGGAGAUCGAGCGCGAGAAGGAGGAGUGCCGACAGAAGGUUGGCUCGCUGCAGUUCGCGGCGACAACGUCGAGGCCGGACAUCGCGUUCGCCUGCACCAAGCUGGGGAGCGGCCUCACGGUGAGGAGCGACCAGCGCUGGGGCGAGGUCGACCGCUGCCUCGCCUACCUCGCCGACACCCGCGACACCGCCCUGGAGUUCGGCAGUGGACCAGAUUCGCUGGAGUUGAUCGGCUACGUGGAUGCCAACGACGCGGGCAACAAGCAGAACCGGACGAGCACGAGAGGCUACAUGUUCAUCAAGUACGCAUCGCUCUCCUCGACCGAGUCAGAGUACGUCGCGGCCACGGACGCCGGCAAGGAGGGGCGUCGACUUCGCUUCCUCCUUACAGAAUUCAAGCUGCUCGACGCUGGGAAGCCGACCACCCUCCGCGUGGACAACAAGUCGGCCAUCACGCUCACUGAGGGCUUGGGGCUGACGGGUAACCUCAAGCACAUGGAGCGACGGUGA